CACUGUGAACCAGUCCUUUCGUCUUCCGCCAUUCCGCACUCCCGGGAGUGCGCCAUGGACGACUCGCCUUGCAAGCCGCAUGAGCGACGAGCGGCCGCCGCGCGAGCUGAGAGAGCCGCAGGUCAGCAGCGGGAGCUUCAAAUGCUGGGCUUGAUGGCCAUGGAAGUGCGCGCCGUGUCCGCGCAGCUGCGCCAUGUGGGGCACAGUGCCACCACCGAGGCUGCGGUGACAAACGCCCGGGAAGUACAUGCCUUGCUGAGCCAGGAUCUCUCGCCCAAAGAAGAGAAGCAGAGGAGAUCGCUGGAGACAGAUCUACCGUCCACCGCUGGCUCCGCGCGUGACUCGUCCAGAACUGGCAGUGGUGACACAGGAUUGCUUUCCGAUGGGGGGAUCAGCAGCCUUCGUCGAGCAGAGGAAGUCUUGGAGACGACGCAAAGGGAGACGUCCCAGAUCUUACAGGAGCUCCGGCGGGAGAGUUGCUGCCUACGGGAGAUUUUGCAAGAAAUUCUGGCUAUGCCAGAGGUGGAGGCCAUAGCCCCAAUUCCUCGAGAUCGAGGCGAUCCUCACACCUCGCGCAGCGAGAGCGCACCCAUGUUGGUUGAGACGCAGAAGCAGAGAGUGGCUCGCGGUCGCUCACACUCAGUCCUUGACGCGGCAAGGGCACCACAGAUCUCCUUGCUUCGUUCUGAGAGCCACGGCAGUUUGACUCGUUCCUCCGUCCACCGCCGGCUUCAUCGGAGUUGGCACAACUCCUUGGAGAUGCGAUGCUACUUACAAGACCAACUCCGCCUGAUACAAGAGGCUGACCGAGAGCUCCGUAGGGAUGCAGCACUUCGUCCCUUCUCGAUCAGGGAGGUGUGUCCUGCACAGUGGGCCCUCGGAUGACCGCGAAGGCGGACAGGAAGCGGUUGACCGCGAAAUCAGACCUUGGGAGCUAGGAUGGAGAAAUUCCUCCGUUCUGCGAAGAAUCGUUGUCCCGACUUUGGCGGGUGUCGAGACAGUCGAGACAUCAAUGGACCUGUCGUUCAUGUCGAAAUCAC